AUGGACCUCAAUACUCUCUCAGCCAACUGGAAGAAACUACAGGCAACGCUCAAGACCUCUACCACCGGAAUCUCGCCCCGAACGACCUCAUCCCAGCAUGGCAUAAAGCGCAAGCGGGAUCACUCUCAGCGUACUACGCGCGAGUCUCUCGCGGAGGCCCCGAAAACUAGGAAACGUCUGCGCGUUGGCAGGAGCAUGGCUCAGAAUGGCAACAACUCUGUGGGAAGGAUGUCGGUCAAAGAAGCUGAGAACAACGACAAUGUCCCGCGCCCCAGACCUGCUACUCUUGCUGCCUCCGACAAGGUCAAUGCUGGACUGUCACCCGAGGUAGAAAUCGGCCGAUACGUCGCCCUCGAUUGCGAGAUGGUUGGAGUUGGGCCCAAUCCCGACAAAGAGUCCGCGCUCGCCCGUGUGAGCAUUGUCAACUAUAACGGAGAUCAAGUCUACGACUCCUAUGUCCUUCCACUCGAACCGGUGACCGACUACAGGACACAUGUCAGCGGGAUAUCAGCGAAACAUAUAAAGGUUGCCAGGCCGUUGAAAGAGGUGCAAGCGGACGUGGUGAAGAUUCUCCAGGACAGAGUUCUCAUCGGUCACUCCAUAAAACACGAUUUAGCGGCAUUGAUGUUGAGCCAUCCGCAGCGAGAUGUUCGGGACACUUCUCGCCACCCGCCCUACAGGAAGGUUGCUGGAGGCAGUUAUCCGAAGCUGAAGAUCCUUGCAUCAGAGUUGCUGGGCACAGACAUCCAAGAGGGUGAGCAUUCAAGUGUCGAAGAUGCUCGGGCCUGCAUGAUGCUCUUCCGGAAAGACAAGGCUGUGUUUGAAAGAGAACAUUCCAAGAGAUGGCCCACGCAGGCUCCCAUUCAGACACAGCAGGAGGUGGAUGCACCGACAAAGCCUCGCAAACACAAGAAAAAGAAAAAGAAGCACUAG